CGCUGCCAUUGACAUUAAGACCUCACUUGGGUGCGACAGCCACGCAGAGAGAUUUGAAAAAAAUGUCAGCUAGCUCCGAGUCGAAAAAUGAGCAGAAAACGUAGCCAGGGUAGUCGAACGCCGCCGUCGACGCCGCGGCUGCCAGAGGAGGAAUGCGAGCGCACGUCUCAGGCGCGAACGGCUGCCCAAGGGCUGGAGCACUCGGAUGUGGCUUCAACAGGAACUGGGCGCACCGUUGAUGGCGAGCGGCAGCCUGUUGAGGCUCUGCCAAUGCCGCUUAUCCUGCUGGCUGCACCAUUGGGGCCGCGUGAAAUGAAGGAUGCGCAGGUGAAUACCGAUCCGGUGUACCUGCGUGGAACGCGUGUGGCAAAUCGACCCACAGUACCAACAGUCCCUGUAGGCGACCCUAACUCAGCCUUAAGACCAACUGGAUCUGAAGUGCCGCACAAAUUGCCAACCAAUGUGCCUUACAAGCAAACGCAUGGCCGCAGGAGUUCAAGAAAGACCACCAGUUCCGACAACUACGAUCAAGACGAGCCGCUUACCACCAAGAAGACUAAGGUAUUCAAAAAAAGACAUGCUAAACCAAAUCCGGCUGCUGACGAAUCGGAUGACUCGAUUCUUGUCUCAAAAACCACUAACCACCAUCUGCCCAAAUCGAAUAUAGCGGCAAUGAGCGAUUUCACGGAUUUACCGCGAUCGGACGAAUCGGAUAGAUCUCGGACCCAGGAGAGCAGCAGCAUUAAGUACUCUAGCAGCGGCACGAUCAUUGUGACCGAAGGCGAGGUGGUGGAUCUGGACCCAAACGAUUUUCAGCAGGGCAAUCUGCCGCCGAACUUAAGGCUGGCCUCCGGCUUGGCCUUCAUCUAUAUGGCCAUACCGCCGGACGGUGGUUAUGGCUGGGUGGUGCUGAUCCUUAGCUUUAUAGCACAACUCAUUGUCGAUGGCAUCGUCUUUACGAUUGGCAUAUUGCUGCCCCACAUGGCCAACGAGUUCAAUGUGAGCAACGGGCAGGUGGUGCUGGUGGGCAGCGUACAAAUUGGUUGCUAUUUUUUUGGCGGCGCCUUCUCCAGCGCGCUGAUCAAUAUCUAUGGCUUUCGGCCAGUGGCAUUGGGUGGCGUCAUCAUCUCAGCCCUGGCCAUGCUGGCGGCCAGCUUUAGUCCGAGUUUGAGUGCGGUGAUCUUUUUUUACAGCAUAAUUGUCGCCGCAGGUGGACCCGGACUGAGCAUGAUCUGGGUGAGCUCACAGCUCAUCAUUGGCUUCUAUUUCGAGCGGUAUCGGCCCAUUGCCAGCGGAUUCUCUUGUUCGGGUGCCGGCGCUGGCAUAUUAAUUUUCUCCAUUACCAACAAUAUUCUGGUCCAAAACAUGGGCUGGCGGAAUACUAUACGCAUUCAGGUAAUUCUUUUGUGUCUUCUACUAUUUGUGGCGAUUGCCUAUUUGGAGGUUGCACCAUCGCCCGUGGGCGUGGUGCAUCAAGCGGAUCCCUUGACCAGCAGCAGUUCGAAUGAGUAUUAUGGCAAUUUCUAUGUGCACAAUUUUCUCGGCGAUGAUUUCUCCGCCAAGAGAUCCCACAACGUGAUCGAGACUUACGAACCGCCCAUUAAAAAGAAAGGUAAGCUGCGUCGCUGCAUCCAAUUUUGCUGUCCUUGCUGCGGAAAAUCGAAAGUUAGAGAGGAAUGGACCGCCUCCGAGCGCUCUGAGCGCAAUUAUGUGGUGCGACCGGAUCUUCUGCAGCGCGACGAUCUCUUCUACACGGGACCCAUUGACUAUGAGGAGCCGCACCACAAGGAGCAGUUCGAUGGCAAGGAACUGGAGCUGGUUGGCACCCAAACCCAUCUGCAAAGAGCUGCCUAUGGUCUGCACAAUAUACACAACUAUGACGGCAGCAGCAAUAUGUCGGGAACGGGUUCCGGUUCCGAUGGGCGGCUGCGUCCCCUCUCGCCAAAGCACACAUUUUCCACCGCUCCGCAGACACAUCGGCGCAGGAAGUCGCGCAAGCCAAGGAAACGUGGCUGGCUCCAUACGAAGGUAAUGAAAGGCAUGAAUCGUCUGUUCGAUGUACAUCUGCUGAAGAGCUUUGAGUUCCGCAUCCUGUUGGCCUCCGCCUUCUUCUAUCCGAUGGGCUUCAAUAUACCCUUUCUCUACUCCAAGAUGCGCACCAGUAUACCGGCUGAGUAUGCUCGGAUGAUUGGCCCAGCUAUCGGUGCUUCCAAUUUCGUAACGCGUAUCCUGUGCGGAUUUAUAGCCUACAAGCUGAGGAGCUGGACGAACUAUAUCUGUGGCGGUGGCAUGUUCCUCGGCGGCGUCAUGGUCUUCAUCAGCGCUUUCUUCGGCACUGAUUUGAUCUGGUUUCAGAUGGUCUAUGGGCUGUGCUAUGGCAUUGCGCCAGCUGUCUAUGCCACACUGCGCGCUCUCAUCUAUGUGCGCUACUUGGGGCUCACGAAGCUGACGAACGCCUUUGGCAUUACCGCUCUGGCAAUGGGCCUGGGUGUAUUCAUAGGCACCACUUUGGGUGGUUUGCUGCUCGACAAAACGGGCGGGUAUGUGGUGCCAUUUGCCUUUGCUGGACUGUGCAUAAUGCUGGCGGGCGCUCUGAAGCUGAUUUUGCCGGCGCUGCUUAAAUGGCGUCAAAAGCGAUAUCAAUCAAGAGCACUUCGAAAAUAGAGCACAGUUUGCGAUGCAUUGGUUUUAUUGGCACUUGUUGUUGUUGUUGCUGUCACAGUUGCUGCUGUUUGAACUGUUUGUGGUAUUUUACAAAAUGGUUUUGUUUGCUGUUGCUGCUGUCGUUUUUAUUUAUUACAUAAUUUUGCAUAUUUUAUGUGUAAUUUGCUUUUGAUUGGUUUAUUUUACAUUCAAUUUGCUGCCGAAACUGUGCCUCUGGCUAUUCAUUCCCAACUCUUAAGCUUAUAAACUGUGCGUGGCUCUCCAACUGUUUCUGAACUCACAUUUUUAAGAUUUUGUAGCUUAAUUUUAAUUCUCUGGCUCUAGCAAUGCGUCUCAAGUGGCUGUCUAACAUUUUAAUGCACACCAAGGCAAUUGCUUGAGCUACACGCUCAAACUGUACAUAUCCAAGCUUUAUGUGACUCUCAAACUGUUAAGCUGUUAUUAUACGAUGUGCCUUUCUAAUUGUCAGUGCCACAACUGCAGCUCAAUUGCUUUUUAACUAUUUAUCAUUGGCCUUUGCACUUGAAAUGAAAAUAAGGCUUAUUGCGUAAGUUGUGUGGCAUAGUCUGUCUGUCAAUCAAUGUGGCUGUCAAACUUUUAUUUUUGGUAUUUAAACUGAAACUGAACUUUUGCCGUUUGACAUUUAACUGAACAGUCUGUGUAAAGGCCCGCAAAUUGUUUGGUCUUGUUUUUGUGCCUUUCAAGUUGUGGCUCUCAAACGGUUUGUGGUUUUGAGCCAUAUUGAGCUUGUUGGGUAUUUUUAAAACUAGAUUUUAAUCGACUGCAGUUGUUGUUGUUUUACUUUUAUUGCAUUCAUUUAGAGUUUAAUUAACUUAGUUUACAUCUAAUGUUAGCUUAAUUGCUGUUGCACACACACACGCGCACACACAUACCUACAGAGUGUGAAAGUGUGUGUGAUUUUUGUUUUUUUCCUUGUUUGGUUACGCAAAUGUUCACGCUUUGUUUUGUUUUGUUUUUUUUUUUUUUUUUGGUUUGAUUUAGUUUAUAUACUUAGAUAUGCGAGCGCGGUUGCAUAAAUGGCUGUCAAAAUGAAAUUAAAUAGAAAAAUAAGUAUAACAAAACGCCUUAAAACAUGUGUUUGAUUUUGUGUAUAUGAAAAUUGAAUUUUGAAGCAAUAAAAUGUAAUUAAAAUAAUAACAAAUGAAAUAUUUACUUACCGCUCUCGCAUAAGUCGCUUUGGUUGAAUUUGUACGUCUACUAUGAAGAUUUUUUUUU